AUGGAUCCGAUCGAAUCCGCGGACUACAAUGGCUUCGAGACCUCAAACGGUAACUCCCACUCCUCCGACCACGGAUGGAAGAAAGUCGUGUACCCAAAACGCCACCGGAAACAAAAACCGGCGGAUCAGGCUGCGAAUGGCGGAGUUUCCUCCGGCAAGGCCGUUCCAAAUGGAAAUCAAUCUAAAGGCGAUAACGUCUUCCGUUCGCUCGAGGAGCAAGCUGAGGAUCGCCGACGACGGAUCCUAGCGGCGAAGAUGGCUAUUACCGAUGAGGACGAUGACGACGAUGCGGCGAGAUCCAAACGCCGAUCUAACGGAUACGGCGAUGAGGGGUACGAUUUCGACGAUACCGAUGACGAGAUCGCGGCGAGGAAUGAGAAUCUGAAGGCGGAGGAAGCUAAAAAGCCGAAGAAACCCAAGAAGGAGAAGAAGCCGAAAGUGUCGUUACCUGAAGCUGCGUCGAAGAUUGAUCCUUCAAAUCUCGAAGCUUUCCUCGUCGAAGCAUCGGCGUCGUAUGAGACUCAGCCGGAGAUUCAGCUGAUGAGAUUCGCCGAUUACUUUGGGAGAGCACUUUCCGGUGUAUCGUCUGUUCAAUUUCCGUGGGUGAAGAUGUUCAAAGAGUCUCCUUUGUCCAAAUUGAUCGAUGUUCCGUUGUCUCAUAUUCCUGAGGCGGUUUAUAAGACAUCUGUGGAUUGGAUCAACCAACGUCCAGUUGAGGCUCUUGGAGCCUUUGUGUUGUGGGCGUUUGAUUGCAUUCUCACAGAUUUGGCAGCACAACAAGGAAGUGCCAAAGGGAAGAAAGGUGCACAACAUACUUCUUCCAAAUCUCAGGUGGCGAUAUUUGUUGCAUUGGCAAUGGUAUUGCGUAGGAAGCCUGAUGCUUUGACUCAAGUAUUGGCGUCUCUGAGGGAGAAUCCUAAGUAUCAGGGACAGGACAAGCUUCCUGUUACCGUUUGGAUGAUGGCUCAGGCCUCUCAAGGUGAUUUAUCUGUAGGCUUGUAUGCAUGGGCACACAACUUGUUACCUGUUCUCGGUAGCAAGAGCUGUAACCCUCAGUCUAGAGAUCUCAUGCUGCAGUUGGUUGAGAAAAUCUCGUCGAAUCCAAAGGCUAGGACCAUACUUGUAAAUGGAGCUGUUAGGAAGGGAGAGAGACUGGUUCCACCUCCUUCGUUUGAGAUCUUGGUGCGGCUUACAUUCCCUGCUUCAUCCGCUAGAGUUAAGGCUACAGAGAGGUUUGAGGCUGUAUAUCCCUUGUUGAAGGAAGUGGCUCUUGCUGGUGCACCAGGAAGCAAGGCAAUGAAACAAGUCACACAACAGAUCUUCACAUUUGCUCUGAAAUUAGCUGGUGAAGGGAAUCCUGUUUUAGCCAAAGAAGCGACAGCAAUCGCUAUCUGGUCUGUGACUGCAAACGUUGACUGCUGCAAGCACUGGGACAAUCUCUACAAGGAGAAUCUAGCUGCUAGUGUAGCUGUUCUUAAGAAGCUUGUAGAGGAAUGGAAAGACCAUUCCCUCAAGCUAUCAUCAUCGCCGAGUGAUUCUGCAACUCUCAACCGAGCUAUGAAGAGCUUCAGGAUUAAGAACGAAGAAGCCAUCACUGAAGGAGGAGCUGAUGUUUCUCUAUACAAAGAAGCAGACAAGUCCUGUAAAGUGAUCUCUGGGAGAAUCUCUGGAACUGGCUGCCUCAAAGGAACAGCCAUUACUGCUGUGGUUUUAGCUGCUGCUGGAGCCGCUGCUGCGGCUGUUCUGUCUUCCAACCCGGAAGCUAUGGCCGAGGUGAAGAAGCUGGUGGAAUCAUUGGACCUGGACCAAUACGUCAAUGCAAUCACCACUGCUUUGAAGAAGUAA